GUCUGGGGAAUCUGGAGCCAUGGAUGCAGGGCUUGAUCGCUGUGGCUGUAUUUCUGGCCCUUGUGGCUGUAGCUUUUGCUGUUAAUCACUUCUGGUGCCAGGAGGAUACGGAGCCUGUGACAGCAGUCACAUCGGUUGGAGGCAAAUCAGACGGGAACUUGGCAGGGGUGGAUGGAAGGUAUUCAACAAUGGCUUUGAACUUCAGGUCCAGCGAACACAAAAAUGCCUACGAGAAUGAGAAUGUGAUGGAAGACAUCCCGGGAGUCCGUAGCACCCCCAUGUGACCUUCCCAUCCCAUCUCCCCACCCCUCCCCAUUCCCCACCUGGGUGAACUUCACCAUCUCUGAAGGUUCCCUGGGUGCUUCUUGAAGAGAUCGCCACACAACUGUUUCCAAAUAAUGCCUAUUUUUCUUGUGUUUCAUCUGUAAGCCAUUCAUACCUUCUCGCUCCAUCUCUUGUCAAGGUUCAGUUUGGGGCCAGGGCCAGGGUUCAGGUUGGGACUGGGCUUGGGGGUCCAUCUGGAGUUUGGUACUGGGCUGGGAUCCUUCCAAGACUUUGGCGUCUACAGGGCUGAGCUUUC